AUCGUUGGCAGCGAAAAAAGUUGUAUUAUUAUAAAUAAAAGAAAAAUAAAAAGAGAGUAUAAAAAAAAAUCCAAAAAGAAAAAUCAUACGAUCAAAGAUCGUCUUUCUCGUCUGGAUUUCUCCGAUUAUCAUACAUAAAAUUCUUCGAUUAAGAGAUCACUGGGUUCGAUUUUGUUAGACAAGAUCGGCCGAUUAGAAUUUCAGUUUCCUAGCAGGGGAUUAGAGAAGAUGGAGUCUCACGAUGAGACAGGGUGCCAAGCCCCAGAAGGCCCCAUUCUUUGUAUCAACAACUGUGGCUUCUUCGGCAGUGCAGCUACCAUGAAUAUGUGCUCCAAGUGUCACAAAGCGAUGAUCCUGAAGCAGGAACAGGCGCAACUUGCAGCAUCAUCAAUCGGAAUCAUCGUGAAUGGCAGCUCAACUGGGAACAGUAAGGAACCAGCUGUGGCUACUGCUUUGGAUGUACAAUCUGGAAACGCCGACACCAAACUGGUCUCAACAGAGCUACCCAUUGACCCGUCCGGAACGACUUCAUGUGGGAUGAAAACGAAAGAGGGUCCUAACAGGUGUACCAAAUGCUGUAAACGUGUUGGUUUGACAGGAUUUAACUGCAGGUGUGGAAACCUCUUCUGUGCAGCUCAUCGUUACUCCGACAAACAUGACUGCCCUUUCGAUUACCGAGCUGCUGCUCGCGAUGCUAUUGCUAAAGCCAACCCAGUUGUUCGGGCAGAGAAGCUCGAUAAAAUCUGAGAACAACCUGGAUCAAGAUGAAGAUGUGUGGAUGGUUUAUGUAAGUUGGUUACUUCUCUGAUCAAGUGUCCCCUUGAUUGAUAUUAAAUGUUGGGAGUCCAUCAUAGGGAGGGACAUGAUUUGCAUUGUAAGUCUAUAUUUUCCCCUGUUUGUAAGUGUUUUUAUUUGUGCUUGUUUGAUGGACAUUGAUAUGAUCAACUUGUAAUGCUUCUUCUUUGUGGUAUGCAUUUUUUUUUUACUUUUUAA